GGUGACUAUAUAUAUGCGGCGACGCCGCUGAGCAGAUACCACAUACUUGGCAAUGGAAGAGUUUGCAUACUGUGUAAUUUUGGAGCAAACGUAGGCUGUAAGUAAAUAUAACUAGCUGAGCAAAGAACAAUAAUGCUAAGCAAUAGAUUUUUGCAAAAAUUUUAUUGAAACUAAGUUAAGUGUUUUGUGGUGUAUUUAUAUAUAAAUACUGUAUACAACAUGCCAAGUUGCUGUCUUGAAGGUUGUGAAAGUUACAAAUUUCUUAAUAGACAAACAAUAGGUUACUAUAAGUUUCCUUUCGAUAAUAUACCAUUACUUGAAAAGUGGUUGAGUCAAAUUAGAAUACCAAACUGGGUACCAGAAGACCAUCAUCGAAUAUGCAGUACACAUUUUCAUGUUGAUGACAUAGAUUUUAGUGAUAUUGAACCUCGAUUAAAAGAGAAUGCUGUACCAGUAAUAUUUCCAUUGAAGCACUUUCAAAACAUCUAUGUAGAUGAAUUAGCUUCUGUGAAAGGAGGUCAAAACAAAAAAUGCAGUCCAAAGGAUCUUAAAAAGAAAGCAAUUGCCUGUAAAAAGAAAAUGAACCUUAUAGAUUCCAAACAUACCUCGGGUGAGGGGCAGAAAUCAAUGGUACUUCUGUGUGCACCAACUGAGCAGUUGCAUAAAAAUCCGAGGAUACAAAUCAAUACAGAAAGUCAAACUAAUUUGAGGAUGAAAAAUAUUCCACUAAAAAGUAAUAAAGCUUUGCAGCCAGGUUUGAAUCCAUAUAUAUUGAUAGUUUCUGAAAAUGCAGAGUCUAAGAUACCUUUUACAAAACCUCAGAAAAGUAAACAAGUACUAUUAAAAAUACAGAUUGAAAAAAAAAUAAAUGACAUUCCUAGUGAUUUUGUGCUGGAGAAUUCUGCAAGAGAAAACAAAAAUAAUAAUCAAUCAAAUGUGACAAACGAAGAAAACACUACGGUAAAUAAUAGUUUAGAUGAAAUUGAAAUAGAUGAUGUCACCUCAACUAAGAGAGUGAUUUUUAAAUUUGAUCCAUCUACUGGAGAAAUCAUAGUACAAAAAAGAGAUAAAUUAACUAACAAUAUUGUUGAUGUCCAUGAGAAAAAGUCUAACCCCAAGAAAAUUAAUAGCUCUCCUAAAAAGAAGGCAAAAGAAAAUAAUGAAAAUGUAGUAAGCCCUUUGCAAGAGCCUGUGAGAAAUCAAGAAGAAAUAAGAAAUGAAGAGGACAAUGAGAGUUCCUGUAAAACUCCAAAUUCAAAAAAUGGAGUAACUGAUAGCCAAGAAAAUAUUACAAAAGAAACAGAGAGUUCAACUGGAACUACUGAAUUACAGAAACCAACAAAAGAACAGCAAAUUCCAAACUCAACAGUUGGACCACAAAAACCAUUAGUAAAAGAAUCACAAGUUUCAACGCAAAGUGUAGAAUCCAACAAACCAGCAAAAGAAACACAGAUUUCAACUUCUGCCACCGAAUUACAGAAAACUUCAAAAAAACCAACAAAAGAACCACAAACUUCAACUUCAACUGUUGAAGUACAAAAACCAAGAGAAGAGCUACAGACAUCGACACCUACUACUGAUUCACAGAAAACUGUUAAAAAAGUAGUGAUCGAGCCACAAACUUCAACUCCAAAUAAAGAAUUACAGAAGCUUGCAAAAGAGCCACAAACAUCAACAUCAGGUGUAUUUAAGAAAUCCACAAAAACUCCCACAAUACAACUAAAAACUUUAAACCCAACUAUUGAAUUACGUAAAACGUCAGUGAGAUUAACAAAAGAACCUCAAACUCCAACUACUACUGUUGAAUUAAAGACUCCGGCAAAAAGAUCACAAACUUCAACCAGAAGUGUUGAAUCAAAGACUCCAGCAAAAAGAUUAGCAAAAGAACCUCAAAGUUCAACCCCAACUGUAGAAUCAAAGAUACCAGCAGCAAAUGUAGUAAUACAACGACAAACUUUAACUCCAACUGUAGAAUCAAAGACACAAGCCAAAAAACUGGCAAAUGAACCACAAACUUCAACUCCAACUGUAGUAUCUAAGACACCAGCAAAAAAACUUGUGAAAGAACCACAACCUUCAAGCACAAUUGUUACAUCAAAGACACCAGCAAAAAAAGUAUCUGUACAACCACAGACUUCAACCCCUGUGGUUAGUUUACAAAGAGCAACAAAUAAACCUGCACAAGUUCAAAACACUUCAACCAUUAAGAAAGAUACCAAUACAAAAACUGUAAAUAAUAAACAAACUGCAAAAGUUAAGGCUGAUGAUCUUCAGAAAAAGAGAAAAUCUGAUGUUAUAGUGAUAAACACAAGUGAAGAUGAAGAUGAAGAACAAUCAUCUAAAGACAAUAAGAAAGUAAAAACAAAUUCCAAUACAGUAAUAUUGGAUGAUCAAGCAGUCAUAACAAUUAUUGAAUAAAAUUUGUCAUCUUGCGUUAUUAACUGAAACAUCACUUUAUAUAUAAAAAAGGAUUUGACUAAAAUCUAAUAAUAACCAAAAAUAUGACAUUUUAAGAAUUGUAAAAGUAUGCAUCUUUUCAUUGUAAAUAAAUAUGCAUGUCAUUUUUUAUUUAAAAA